AUGGCUACCACACAAGUUCUUGUUCUCUUUGCUUCUGCAUUCCUAUCAAUGCUCUUCGCUGGCGUUGCUUCCACCAGGUCUAAUGAAACAUGGCAUGAACAUGCAGUUGAGAAUCCAGAGGAAGUAGCUGCCAUGGUGGACAUAAUAGUAAUAGACCAGCAUCUCGUGACGUCUGGCUGGAUAGAUUCCUGUGAUCUUCUUUAG